UAUGUCAUUCUCAAAAUGGUUUUUGGAUUUAUAACUUGUGGUCCUAACGAAGCUUUAGUUAUUUCAGGAUGUUGUCACUCAAAGCCGAAACUUGUUGCCGGUGGAAGAUCCUUCGUUUGGGGGUCAUUUCAACAAAUAAACAGCAUAAAUUUAAACACGAUGACUUUACAAAUUGAAACUCCCAGAGUUUAUACAUCCCAAGGUGUUCCCCUUUCCGUAACGGGAAUCGCACAAAUUCGGGUGCAUGGCCAAAAUAAAGAAAUGUUAUACACAGCUUGCGAACAAUUCUUAGGAAAAUCACAAGAUGAAAUCAAAGAAAUCGCUCUCGCAACAUUAGAAGGACACCAACGGGCUAUAAUGGGCUCAAUGACUGUCGAAGAAAUCUACAAAGAUCGUAAAAAAUUUAGCGAAAACGUCUUUAAAGUAGCCUCAUCCGAUUUAGUAAAUAUGGGCUUAACGAUCGUUUCUUACACAAUCAAAGAUAUCUGGGACGAUCAAGAUUAUUUAAAAAGUUUAGGAAUGGCGAGAACGUCCGAAGUACAACGAGAUGCAAAAAUCGGCGAAUGUCAAGCGAAAAGUGAAGCGGAGAUAAAACGAGCUCUCGCCACAGCCCUUCAAAAAGAAGCGGAAUUUUCCAAUCAAACGAAAAUCGAAGAAGCGAAACGAGAUUUUGAAUUGAAAAAGGCCGCUUACGAUCGCGAGGUUCAAACGAAAGACGCCGAAAGCGAAUUGGCUUUCGAACUUAGGGCUGCCAAACUUAGGCAGGAUAUCGUCUCGGAACAGGUUCAAAUAAAAGUUGUCGAAAGAACGCAACAAAUUGCGGUUGCCGAACAGGAAAUUAUCAGACAGGAAAAAGAUUUGGAUGCUAAAGUUCGAAAACCGGCGGAGGCUGAAAAAUAUAGAUUGGAAAAAAUUGCCGAAGCUAAUCGAAAAGCUAUGGUUUUAGCUGCUGAAGCUGAAGCGGAAAAAAUUAAGAUUGUUGGGGAAGCCCAAGCUGCAGUUAUCGUUAAUAAGAGUAAAGCUGAAGCCGAUGUUAUGGCAAAAAAAGCUGAAGCUUGGAGGGAAUAUAAAGAAGCGGCUACUGUUAAUAUGAUUAUGGAAGUUUUACCAAAUGUUGUGAAAGAAGUUUCCGGACCUCUAUGCGAAACGAAAAAAGUGACAAUGGUUUCAUCCGGAAAUGGUGAAGUUGGAGCUGCAAAAUUAUCCGGGGAAGUUUUAAAUAUUGUAUCAACAAUUCCAAAAAUCGUCAAGUCAAUGACGGGUGUCGACAUCUCUCGGUCUGUUAACGAAAUGAAAACAAUCAAAUAAGAACAUAAUUAAAUAAAAAAUUAU